GGGAAGAAGAGCGCGGUUCAAACCUAGUUAUUUACUGCCACUCUAACCUAAACGUCACAGUGACACAGAGAAUUGUUAUUCGUCUUGGCAAAAUUUAUUUAAGUAACUUUGCCGUUUCCCCGCGAAGCUUGAACAUAUUAAUAGUGGGAAAUUCAUACUCAAAAUGUACCUGAACAGCAAUUACUUGACACAUUUGCUGUUCUUAUUGCUCCUGAAAUUGGUAAAAGCAGAAUGGAACACCAAAGAUUAUCUAAAAAGGGAGCACAGCCUUGUUAAGCCCUAUCAUGGCACUGGCAUGCAGAUUCCAAACUGGCAAUACACAGGAAGUACAAUUAUAACUCCAAACCACAUUCGGUUAACUGCAGAUAUGCAAAGCAAACAAGGAGCCAUUUGGAAUACAGUUCCCUUAAUGAUCAGGAACUGGGAAAUGCAAGUACAGUUUAAAGUCCAUGGAAAGGGCAAAGAGCUGUUUGGUGAUGGUUUUGCGAUAUGGUAUACCAAAGAUCGUUCGCGCACUGGGCCAGUAUUUGGAAGCAGUGAUCUCUUUCAUGGAAUGGCCAUAAUCUUGGAUACGUACAGUAACCACAAUGGGCCUCAUAAUCAUCAACAUCCCUACAUUUCUGCCAUGGUUAACAAUGGAACCAUGUCGUAUGACCACGAUCGGGAUGGAACUCACACUCAAUUAGCCGGUUGUAAUGCCAAAUUUAGGAAUCUUAAUCAUGAUACUCACCUCUCAAUCCGAUAUGAAAACGACGUUCUUACCGUAUCUACGGAUAUUGAAGAUAAGAAGGCUUGGAAGGAAUGCUUUAAAGUGGAAGGGGUUCAAUUGCCUACCGGAUAUUAUCUUGGGGCAUCAGCUACCACGGGAGAUCUAUCAGACAAUCACGAUUUAAUUUCAAUGCGAUUGUAUGAGUUGGAUCUACCUGAUGAUCCUCGAGCUCGUGAGGACAGGACUCACAUCCUGCCAUCCGCGACUUAUUUUGAGCCUCCCAGAGACCAUGUGGAUGAUCCCAAACCCUCGUCUCUUUCAGGUGUAAAAAUCUUCUUUCUAAUGCUACUGGGUAGCGUAUUGUUAGUGGCGUGCGUGGUAAUUGGUAUUAUGUUUUAUCAGAAACAAAACGAGAAAAAUCGCAAGCGAUUCUACUAAGUGGAUUUUUGGAGUUUUUAUCGAUGUACAUUUUUAUAAGACUGUGGGUGUAAUAUACAUCGUCAAAAAUUAGUUUUGGGUUUCUAGUUUAUAUUGACCAUUAAUUUAUUCUGGUUUAAAUACGGGUUUUUCAUGGAGCAUUUCAAGUGGACAGUACACAGUAGGAUAAAUUAGUUUAAUUGGAAAAAUCCGUAAGGCUGGGCAAAAAUUUGAAGAACCAGAAAAGUGGGGCAUUUUCUACCCAAAAAAGCUUUAAAACAUGACCAGGAUCAUUCAUUCAAUAUGGAAAUGCAAAUCCCAUUAGAAGUUGGAAUUUUCUUGAAUUGUAAUACAUAUAUGUAGGAAGUAAUGUGUACUGAAAAAUUGUCAGAGAGAGCAAACUAAGAAAAGAACUGAAAUUUA